CCCCUUCCUCCGCCACUGUCCUGGGGCUGUGUAAAACAACUGUGACACCAAGGAACUGUGCUUUAACUUCACUGCAGAUUCUUGUUUUGGUCAUUUUCUAUAGUGAACAGAGUUUCUUUAAUUGCUUUACUCAACAGCCUUAAACAGCUACCAAGAGAGUUUUUGAAACUGAAUUUAUCCCUAGCAACAUUUUUUUGCCUGUUAACAUCUGCGUAAAGUGAGGCAAGAUCAUGAUGUCGACACUUCUGUAAAGUGUCUGGUACACCAGCCUGAAGAUACCGCUUGCUUAAGCUGUCUGGGUUUGUUUUACAAAACAUAGACCCUGGCAUCAUGCCUCUUGGUCUUUUAUGAUAGCUGUAAUCUGGGAUACACAGAAAUCUGUCUGUCUCUCUCCCCCCCCCCUUUUUUUUAAUCAUGCCCAUGUGAGGAAGAUAGGCCAAGACUAGCAGAUACCUUCAAAUGGAGAUUCUAUUUCAUUCCUUUGUUUCUCUUGUCACCUUGGUAAAGUCUGCUCCCUUCAAGUACAAUAGAAGCGAGAAAUAUUUUCUUUUAUUUUCAAGCCUUUAUUCUCUCUUCUGGAGUUGUGGGAAAAUAAGAGGAUUCCAUCAGCUCAUGUUCAUUUGUUUAGCCCUGCCAUAUGUGAUUCAUGCAGAAAAUUAAACCCAAGGAGAACAAUAAGAAGUAGAUUGAAGAUGUUAAGAACCCUACGGCUUUUGGAGCCGCAGUUUGGGUGUUUGUGAAGGGGGCUGUUCAUGAAACAGCUUAAAGAUCAUAGAUCCUCUUGCCUUAGAGUGCAGGACAGUCAUUGGUCAAGAACAUGGAACAGAAUGAAGAUCAGAAAAUGAAUCCUGAAAGAACUUGGGAGAAUUUCAACAAUUUGGUGAUGGAUUUACAAGUGGUUGGCACACCAGAUGCUCUCCCCCAUGUUCAUAAAAGAAUCUGUAUUGAUGAGUUUGACUGUCCUCCCAGUAAGCACUGCGAACAUGACCUUUUCCCUAAGUGGCAUUUGCCGGUGAAGACAGCAUUGGUACUGUCCUUGUUAACCUUUAUCUACACUUUCCUAAGGGACGUCAUCCAUCCCCUUGUAACUAAUAAAGGAAACACAUUUUAUAAAAUCCCAAUCCUGGUCAUAAACAAAGUCUUACCAGUGGUUUCGAUUACCCUGCUGGCUCUGGUUUAUUUACCAGGAGUACUGGCUGCAGGUUUCCAGUUCCACUAUGGAACCAAGUAUAGACGUUUUCCACAAUGGUUGGACAGAUGGAUGUUAUCGAGGAAACAGUUUGGACUUCUUAGCUUCUUCUUUGCCUCGUUACAUGCCUGCUAUAGCUUGUGCUAUCCAAUGAGGAGGUCCUACAGAUACAAACUCUUGAACUGGGCAUAUCAACAGGUGAAGCAGAAAAAGGAAGAUGCCUGGAUUGAACACGAUGUCUGGAGAAUGGAGAUUUAUGUGUCUCUAGGAAUUUUGGGGCUUGCUCUGCUGGCUGUAUUGGCAGUAACGUCAAUUCCAUCUGUCAGCCACUCGCUGACCUGGAGAGAGUUUCAUUAUAUCCAGAGCAAGAUGGGACAUUUAGCUUUGCUGCUGUGCACCAUUCAUGCAUUAGUGUUUGCAUGGAAUAAGUGGAUUGACAUAGGCCAGUUUAUAUGGUAUACUCCCCCUACUUUUAUGAUGGCAGUCAUUCUUCCAGUUGUGGUUCUGACUUGUAAAGGUAUCCUGCUUUUGCCAUGCCUUAGGAAGAGACUAGAGAAGAUCAGAUCUGGCUAUGAUGCUAAUGCUCUGGCAAGUAGUACACAGAUAACUUCCAGACUGUAGAUUUUAAAUGUGCAUGUACUUUGCUGGCAAUAUUCAGGUGUUUUUUAAAAAAAGACCAUAAAGAAACGGUCAUCUUUAUUUUUACAUAGAGUAAUCUGCACUGAGUUCAGUGAGGCUUACUUCUGGGUUGCAUCGGUUAAAAGUGUUUUGGUUGGGUUUUUUUCUACUGAUGGAUUUUAAAAUAUCUUACUUCACUAUAGAUAGUUUUCUGAAAAUUUGCUUAACAUUACAAGUUUACAUGAGCUUAGGCUAAAGUAUGCAUGUGGAAAUUAAAAUCUCAGGUGCCCCAUAUGUGAACUUCACUUUAAAAAUACCGAAGAUUUUUCAAUACAAGUACGGCAAUGACAACCUUCUCUUCAGGGAAACUGUGGAAUAAUAACACAACUGAUAUCACAACAGUGUUUAUAUUCACAUCAAAUCUUUUUUAAAAAUGCAAUACAAAAAAUAAUGCAUAACACUUUAAAAUGCAAACACAGAGCUGCCUUGCCGGAAACAGCUUCUCAAUUCAUUUCAGUGGCUGGAGUAGAUCAGUAUGUACAUGCUUUUGUGGCCAGAUUUAUUAUUAACCUAAUGAGCUCUCCUGUGCUUAACGAGAUCCAAAUGCAUAUCUAGAUCAUGGGAUGCACCCAGAUUACUUAAUAAUUUAAACACCACAGAGCCUUUGUAGCAAACCAAGCUCAGCCUUAAGAACAUAAGAAGGCCUUGCUAGGUUUAGACCAGGAUCCAUGCAGUCUUGUAUACUGCUCUGCAACAUGCAGGAUAACCUUCUUCGCCAGCAUCUGGUCUUAAGGGUAUAUUGCUUCAAUCUAAGGAGAGUUGUGUUUAGCUAUCAUUUCUGACAGCUGAUGAAAGAGGGUUCCAUAGAUUUUUAGGAUCUGUCUUUUAAAUUCACCUGAGCUACUUGCAAUCACCACGUUUUUGUGCCAGUAAAUUCAAUAAGUUAAAUACUAGGGGCUGGAUACUGGGCUUCUUCCAUUUACAGGAGGGAUUCCUAUGCAGUGGAAAUUCCUGUUGUUAGAAGGGGGGCCAUUUUUGCUGUUUUUCUGCUGCAGUCUCCUGCAUCACUUCCCUGGCUGUUUCAGGAGGUUCCUAACCCUCUGAAGCAGCUUUUUUCAGGCUGAUGGUGAAGGAGGAUUUGGCAGAAAUUCCUCUUCCACUGGCAAGAGAAUUCCUUGAAUUGGACCCCACUCAUGGGAAGGCUGAUUCCCACCCAUGUCCUUUUUUUGGUCCUGGACUUCUGUGACUCAACUUUCUUGGGUGAAUGCAGAUUACAGUGUUGAGAGAGAGCUGAUUAACCACAUAAAUUGUUUUAUUUCACUUCUAUAAAAACUAAUAUGUGUAUUAAAGAGUAUUUGACAUGGAUUGGUCUGGAAUAUGUUUUGCAGUUUGAUUUUUUUAGAAGACAUUUUUCCAUAGUGAGGUGGGGAUUGAGUCCUUCGCCAACAGUAAUUUGGAUUCCAAAGAAUUGUUUCACUUUGAGACUCUUGCCUCUAUUCUGCAUUUCUUAAAAUUAUGUUGUAAAUUGAGUACUGUAAAUAAGAAUUCAGCUAUACUUGUAGAAAAUGUUUUUUCACAUUUACUGUAUUUAAAACAAUAAAACUUCUAUAUUCCAGCAGUUUUAUAUAAAACAAA